AUGCGCUUGCCAAGGAAGCCUGCUGCUGCUGCGGCGGCAGCAGCAGCUCUGCUGGUUCCCGUCCCCCUACUGGCUGUACAGCUCUCAGGGCAAAGGCUUGGUUCGACACUGUCACGGCCAGAUAUCCCCACCAUCGAGGUCGACAGUGGUAUCUCGCUGUUGCAGCGAGCGCAGCGUGUGAUGCAUCCGAGGGAACGGCAUGCUUCUCUACAGCCCGAUCGGCCGCGCUGGAAAGAGCCGGGUACCUGGCUGUCGCUCUCUCUGCAGCAGCAGGACGAGCACCAUCGGUCGGAGGAAGAACAACAUAAGCAGGAGCAGGAGCAGGAGCAGGCAACACGAGAAGCAGCAUCCGCAACAGAGAGCUCCCAGGCUUCGGGGAAUGCAGCGAGCUCUACUGCAGCCUAUUCUGACUCGGCGACAGCGGCAGCCAUUGCGGCUUCUCCGGAGUCCGAUACAGCCGGACUUCCUCUUAAGGAGAGCCACAUUUCUGCAGGAGCUGCAGCGACGCCAGCAGAAGGCAAGGUGCAAGCCAAGCACGUCUCGUCAGUGGGACUGCCUCUCCCCGCCCACCUAGAAGCUCUUGAAGCACGCAUGCAGCAGAGUCUGAAGGAGACGCGCAUGACGCUCAACCACAAAACGGGAGGAUCCCUUCCUGAAUACGGGGAGGCGGGGUCCCUUCCGAUGCUUUGUGGGACCUGGCAGACGCUCCCCGAGUCCCCCGCAUUUGCUGCAUCGACCGAAAUCACCUUUUAUCGCGAGAGCGACAGCGAGGCAACCGCAGCACUUGAAACGCAUCGCCCGGCGCCUUACGUGACUUGCCAGUGGCUGCCACAGCAACAAAUCCAUAUAGUGGAGACCCGGCAGUUCAGGCUGUCUCCUCAGAUCGUACAAAUUGACAGACAAGAGUUCCACUCCAAACAAGGAUGCGAGCUCGAAGCUCUUCGUAGAGUGUGGGUGCAAAAGGGAACUUGGUCGGUUGCUAGCGAGAGAGACGUGCCAGCAAUUAAAACGCGCAACCUCACUAUAAAUAUCACUUGGGAGUCUGCUGUUGUUACCGACUAUCCGCCGCAGCAGGGGCAGCAGGAGCACCAAGGGGAGGCAAAGCAGGAAGAGAAGCCCCCACAGCAGGAGCAGGAGGGGACGUGCCCCGCCGAUGGCAAUAAAGAUGUGUGGCUUUCUGCAGUGUCGUUCAUCUCGGUGGACGUGGCGCGAAGUUGCACCAAGACGCAAGCCGACUCCAUGUAUUCAUGGAGUUCUGCAGCUGAGUUCCUUGUCGAGCCGCAGGGCGUGGCCGUCUCGCACGAGGCAAUCAAGCAGCGCCGACGCGUGCUUGGACUCAUAAGGCUCAAGGCCCUUAAGGCCACUGUACAGACACACUGGGGCCCUAGGGCCCUCACGGCCUUCAGAGACAGACAUCGCAGAGUUUGGAGUCCUCGACUCGAGUUUCUCUACCAACACACGUGGAAGCAGUUCCUCUCUGCUGCGGACCCUUGGGCUCGGUCACUCUGUCGCUGGGAGGUUCUCCGAGAAGCCUGCUUCGAGCCGCCGCUGCUCGAACUCGCCGAGGCCCUCCAUCGUCUCAAAGGAAACCCUCCAGGGGCGUUUGUGAAGGGCAGUCUAAACUCCACGUCCUGCAAAAUCAAUCACCUUGAUCUGCAGCUCUCAAGGCACCCCAACGGCGCGGAGUUCCUCACCGUCCCGCUCUACCCAUACAACGCCGCUACUGCCGACAUCAUUUCGCUGAGAAAAAUCAGUGGCUGCAAUGACGGCAGAGACAUCGUGAAGGCCAAGGGUGCCCCCAGGAGACAUACAAUGCUGGAAGAGCAGGCGGGGGGAAAGUAG